AUGGCUCGAUCGUUGAAUAUAGCAAUGGUGACGGACUUUUUCUAUCCACAACCCGGUGGAGUGGAGUUUCACGUAUACCAUCUCUCACAAAAACUUAUAGAUCUAGGCCACUCAGUGGUGAUCGUCACACACAACUACGGCAAUAGGACAGGCAUCCGUAUGCUAACCAAUGGCCUACGAGUUUACUAUGUACCACUAGCCCAACUCUACCGGAGCUCGACUUUUCCCACGCUUUUGGUGGGGUUUCCCACACUCAGGACCAUAUUUAUCAGGGAGCAGAUCGAUAUCGUGCACGGUCACGGGUCGUAUUCGGUGAUGGGUGCCGAAGGACUUCUUCACGGCCGUACCAUGGGAUUAAAAACCGUGUUCACUGACCACUCUCUUUUCGGAUUUGCGGACGCGCAGUCGAUUGUGGGUAACAAAAUCCUAAAGUUUACUCUCAGCGAUAUUGGCCAUGUCAUUUGCGUUUCGCACACAUGUAAAGAAAACACCGUGCUUCGUGGUUCGCUUGAUCCACUAAAAGUGUCCGUGAUUCCAAAUGCUGUGGUCUCGGAGGACUUUGCGCCCGAAUACGAGAAGAAAUCUGAGGGAGGUCGUAUAACUAUAGUCGUGAUCUCGAGGCUAUUUCCUAAUAAAGGCGCUGACUUGCUCACGGCUGUGGUUCCCCACAUAUGCCACGCCCGUUCAAAUGUCGAUUUUCUUAUAGCUGGCGAUGGCCCCAAGUUUCUAGACUUGGAGCAGAUGCGGGAAAAACAUUCACUUCAAGACAGGGUCACGUUGAUCGGGGCUGUAAAACACGAGGAGGUGCGUAAUGUGAUGGUGAAGGGCGACAUUUAUCUACAUCCAUCCCUCACUGAAGCUUUUGGCACUGUGUUGGUUGAAGCGGCAUCCUGCGGAUUAUACGUGGUCACAACCAAAGUCGGAGGGAUUCCUGAAGUACUACCACAGCACAUGACAAGUUUUGCCGAACCUGAAGAGGACUCGUUGGUGGAGAAUCUCUUCAAGGCUAUAGACCACGUGAGCUCUGGUGAAAUUGAUACCUCUCUGUUCCACAAGGAAGUGGCAUCGAUGUACAGCUGGAAAGACAUCGCGAAAAGGACCGAGAACGUGUAUUUAUCACUUGCUGACACUGAACUACACCAGCUGUUGCUCACGCGUUUACUGAAAUUCUACUUUUGCGGUGCAGUGGCGGGCAAAUUGUACCUUUUGAUUGUGGUUGUGGACAUUUUCAUUCUCAUGAUAUUGGACUGGUUUUUCCCAGCGGAACACAUAGAUCUAGCAUCUAAAUGGCCACGGAAUACAGCCUCAACUCCGGAAGUGGCAGAAGAUUGA